UUCAACCCAUCCUUCUUCUCACUUUUCAAUUUCUCAAAUCGAUAUUCCUCCUUUUUUCUGAUCUUCUUCUUCUUUCUCUUUCCUUCAGCUCCUUCAACCAUGUUGCGCUCUUUGUCCCUCCUCGUGAUACUUUGGAUAAGCCAAUGGGGUGGCACUCCUGCUUCCGCCACUUCCGUCCCUUGCACCGUGAGCGAAGAGUGUGAGGCAGCUGUUCAGGUUGGUUCACGUUGCGUUGGAGGCAUGUGCACUAAUCCCUUCUACAAUGGCGGGUGCUUGAAAACCAUGCUUCCCGGCUGGAACCGGACCCGUAUCUGCUCCAGUCAGGAUCCUCUCGAAGCUGAAGAACUCGGCUACUGUCGUCAUUCGCCCAUGGACUACAUGGAAGUUCGAAUGGGCAGUGGCAGCUGGGAAUCGUCGGUCAUGAACAACUGGCUGCUUCAGAUCUUGCUCUCCGAGAUGUUGGAUGUUCCUGUGAGUGUGGAGUUCGGAGGUCCUGAUGUUGACGUGAAUCUCUACCAGAAAGAGGCCAAGUUUGACUUCUUCAGGACAAAGUUUGACCGAUACAGGAAAGAAUUGGGAGUGGCCACUCGCGUCAAAGAUUGCCGCACAGUGACGGGCACGGAAGGAACAAUCGAACCCGAGAAUUACGAAGCAUGCUAUCACUUCCACCCUGAGGUUUGGUGGAAAUCAACCAAGAAUCAGUCCGCAGUGCCUGAGCUGGAGUCUGUUGUGGAUCUUGGCGUGCUGUCGGAGCUCGCCAUCUUUGUGCCAAAGUUUGCUGUUGAGCGCGACCCAACGUUAAUGACCUAUAUCGGUUUGGGAGGCCAGGAGAAUCGUCGAAAGCUUGCCGAUACCUUUCGCUCACCAACUCGUUGGGGGGAAUACUGCAGUGAAGUUUCUCCCACGAACUGCACCAGACCAGAUCCCAUUGCAGAGCGAGCCCCAUCGGACGAGAAGGAAGAGAUGUCCUUCUUUGUCGAUGGCUUCUUCAAUGGACACUUCCGCAAGACAGAGAAUCAUGACUGUGACCUCAAUAAUUCAACUUGCACUGGCGACUUUAUCAAUGCCAAGUGUGGCUGGGCAUCUUAUGCCAAACAGCAGCUCUAUCACAACGACAUUGCGCUUGAGAUGAGGGGGCCUCAAGCCAAUGGAGGGUACUCUUACAAGGAACAGUUCCAGAUCUAUCGUGCUGCAAAUGCUACGAAGAGUGCUGUCAUGAUCCUUGUCUACACGACUGAUCCACCAUACGAAGAGUUUUUGGGAUCCGAUGCAGAGAUGACAAGGGUGAUGUUUCCGCCUCCCACCCAAGAAUGCCUUGACUCACGCAUUGACACCAGCGAUGCAUGCGAGGUCAAUGCAACUUUCUUUGAACUCUUUGGUGCCCCAGAGGGGGCAUGUGACACCUAUCCACAACCCCUCAAGAAGCUGCUCAGUAAUGGCUUCCGUGAGAUCACCAUUGGGGAUGGGAUCUCAAAUGAGUUCAAGAGCCCAGCUUAUGAUGCAGUUAGCCUCUAUCAGAUUACAGAGCUGGGUUAUGGGGAAAUCUUUGACCAGUGGUUGCAGCGUGGCCCCACAGGAUACGACUUGCGAGAGGCAACAUGCCAGUGGGUCAUUGACCAUUUUGACCUGUUCGAGACAUUCGUUCCUGAUUCACAUCCCCGUACCAUCUUGGAAUCCUCAGAGUCCAAAACUGUGGGGCUGGUUCAUGCUGCCUUGGGAAUUGCCAUCGUAGUGGCUUUGCUGGUCCUGGUUUCACUUGUGGUUGCAUUCAUCAAACGCAAAACAAAGGUUAUCUACUAUGUACAGAAGGAAUUCUUGAAUCUAUUGCUGGUUGGAAUGUUCCUUGUUGCCACAGGCGCUAUCUUGAUGGCAGCCCCAGUUGUCAACUGGACCUGUGUUGUCAUUCCUUGGGCAACAAACUUGGGCUAUGUCCUGCAACUGGUGCCAUUCUAUGUGAGGAUAUCAGCAAUCAGUGACCUUGCAACAUCAGGCAAACAGAUGCAACGGGUGAAACUUGAUCUCAAGUACCUUUAUAUCAAGGUGGCUGCUGUGGCUUUUCUUGUGGCUGCAUUUGUGCUUGUUUGGACACUUGUGGACACUCCUGAGAAGACAUACGAAUAUGAAAUGUCUGGGGACACUACAGCCGAAGGUGAAACCAUCAUUCGAGCCUAUGAUUACUGUGGGUCUGAGCAGGAACACUGGAUGUACAUGGUUUUUGCCUGGCGAGCUCUGAUCUUGGUGCCUUCGUGCAUGACCGCUGUGCUUGCCUCUCGUGUGAAGGAAGACAUGAAUGAUACAAGAGCCAUGUCAGCGACACUUUGUGCCAAUUUCUUCUUUCUACUGCUGCAAACAAUCUUCUUCCUGAUCUUGCAUCCGUCAGAGUCAGAUUCUGACCUGAUGGGAUAUUCAAGUAUAUUCUUGAGUGCUGAUACCAUUGCCUCAUUGGCGAUCUAUGUUCUGCCUAAGUUCCUGGACAGUGGAGAGGAACUGGAGGAAGAUGAGCCUUUGCCAGAUGUCUUUGUUAACACUACCAUUGCCUUGAUCGAGGUUCAGGGCUUCACUGCUUGGUCAUCUGUCCGUGAACCUGUCCAGGUGUUCAAGUUUUUGGAGCAGCUUUAUGAACAUUUUGACAACAUUGCAGCAAAGAAAGGUGUCUACAAAGUUGAGACAGUGGGGGAGUGCUACGUGGCAGCAACCGGAAUCCCUACAUCUCAAUCAGAUCACUGCCUAAUCAUGGCUUCGUUCUGCAUUGACUGUAUGAGAAAGAUGCCCAAGCUAGUCAAGACCAUGGAGGUACAAUUUGGACCUGACACUAGUGACUUGACUCUCCAGAUUGGAAUUGCAACUGGUCCGGUAACAGGAGGUUUCUUGAAAGGCCGUGGUGCAAGGUUCCAGCUCUUUGGAGAUACACGAAGCACUGUCUCCCUCAUCCAAAAGCACGGCAUGAACAAUCGAAUUCAUUUGUCACAAGGUGCUGCAGAGCUGCUCGUCAAGGCGAACAAAAGGUCAUGGGUCAUGGAACGAGAAGAGCGAGUUCAUACUCUUGAAAAGGGAGAAAUGAAGACAUACUGGUUGGUGAAAGGCUUUCGCCACGAAUACGACCUUCAGGACAGGCACUCCUGCCAUGGAUCUGUUGUUGGGAGUGAAGAAGGGGGCAAUGACGAGUUCGCCACCUUGGACAGUGAAGAGCGUUGGGUUGAAUUCAAUUUGGAGAUUUUUAAGGGUUUGCUGAAGCAGAUCAUUGCAAGAAGAGAAGGAGGAAACAUCCAGUUAGGAUCCAUGACCAGCAAGUCUCCAACUCAGCUGGAAAUGUCGAGGCAUGGAUCGAUCGCAGCUGAAAUGCCUUUGGAGGAGGUUAAGGAAAUCAUUGAACUUCCGCAGUUCGACAAACGAGCUGCCAAACGACAGCUAGACAUCGACAAAGUUGAGGUACCCGAUUUGGUGGUUCAACAACUACGGGAUUACAUCUCUUUGGUAGCGAGUCUCUACAAUGACAAUCCCUUCCAUAACUUUGCUCAUGCCUCAUACGUUGUGAUGGCUGUGACAAAGUACAUGAACAGGAUCAUUGCAGCCAAUGGAAUGGCCCUUGAAAAGGGAGAAGAUCGCAAUCGAUCCUCAGUCCAAGCGGCAAUUCAUUCCCACACUUACGGGAUAACCUCGGAUCCGCUAACACAAUUUGCAUGCGUUUUCAGUGCGCUUAUCCACGAUGUUGAUCACCCUGGAGUACCAAACUCACAGCUAAUUGAAGAGGACCGGCAAGUUGCUGAACGGUACAAGAAUAGGAGCGUAGCUGAGCAAAAAAGCCUGGACGUUUCCUAUGGUUUGCUACUGGAGGAUCGUUUUGCUGCGUUGUUGUCGACAAUUUGCCCAACCCAGCAAUCGCGCCGUCGGUUCAGGCAGCUCGUGGUGAAUAGCGUCAUGGCAACAGAUCUUGGGGAUCAGCAGCUCAAAGAACUCCGCAAUGCACGCUGGGAGAGAGCCUUUGCCAACGACGACACGAGCGUUCGUACUAGUACGUAUUCAACCGAAAGCUGGUCAAAUUCAGACCUUGAGAGCGGGCAAGCCCCACAUGACAUCAGGAACAUCCAAAUCAACAGAAAGGCGACGAUAGUGAUCGAGCAUCUUAUUCAGGCAGCGGAUGUUGCGCAUAUGUCUCAACACUGGCAUAUCUACAGGAAAUGGAAUGAAGCUCUCUUCAAAGAGACUUACAAGGCAUGGCGCGAAGGACGUGCAUCGAAGAAUCCAGCCGAUGGUUGGUUCAAGGGCGAAAUUGGCUUCUUUGACUUCUACAUCAUCCCUCUCUCAAGAAAGCUUCGCGACUGCGGCGUCUUUGGACCCACGUCGGAUGAAAACUUGAACUAUGCAACCAAUAACAGGAACAUGUGGAUGCAAGAAGGAGAAGAGUUGGUCAAAGGGAUGUUACAGAGAGCCGAAGCGGAAUACCCUGCACCAGAGAUGUGCCCUGAAGAUGAGGUGGACGAGAUGGGAGUCUCCGCCAGGAAUAUCUCUGUCUGAGUUGGUUACGUAAUAUACGAAUUACAUGAACAUACAUAGCCCUUAUUAUACGUACCGGUGCGUGCCGAAGUUACCGGUAUGGAUGUACAGCGUA